AUGGACCGUUUCAUCACUCGAAAGAGGCCACGGGCCAGCUCGCCAGCCCCACAGGCGCCGUCACCAUCAGACUCGCCGCUUGCCGAUGAAGACUCAACUGAUGUAAAGUUAGCACUGCUCGUGUCGCUUUUCCCGGAUAUCCCACACGAAGCACUACUAGAUAUCCUCGUAUCUUGCAGUGGAUCAGUAGAAGACGCCACAUCCACAAUUACAUCUGAAACCUCUCCCACUAAAAAGCGGGCGGCCUCUGGGACACCAGCUGUACAGACGUCUUUGACAUCUCUUGUCCAACCUGAUGCAGGGAAAGGACCACCAACCAGAAGAAGGCCACUAACUAAGAAGGGCCAAACGCUACAUCUGUUCUCCCCAGAGGACGUCGCAGCCCACACGCCAUGUACAAUUAUCCACAAUUUCCUGCCAGCGGAGCAGGCGAAUGCGCUACUCCUAGAACUUUUAGAGGAAUCCAAACAUUUCUCCAGAUAUAAGUUUCAGCUAUUCGAUCGAACCGUUGAGAGUCCUCACUCUGCGAGCGUAUAUGUGUCCACACCACAGGAAUACCGCCAACACACGUCAGAAUACACAUAUGGCGGGACCUACCGGUCGAAUGUGCGUCAGAUUACACCCCAUAUGCGAGCUGUUUCCGCCAAGGUGCAGCACACUGUGAAUGAUGAAGUUCAUCGUCGGAUCAAAACCUUCUACCCCGGGGGGAAGAAGCUCAAAUAUCAGUCUCCUAAAGAAUGGAUGCCGAACGCGGCAUUUGUCAAUUGUUACGAUGGCCCCGCAGAGAGCGUUGGGUAUCACUCGGAUGAACUAACCUAUCUUGGCCCACGGGCUAUCAUCGGUAGUUUGAGCCUCGGCGUGGAACGAGAAUUUCGUGUCCGGCGCAUUGUACCUAGCGACGAUGAUGAAGACACGCAGAGUGAGAAAGACAGGCCUACGCCACAGUCGGAGCCGAAACAGUCACGAAUAGCAUCCGACGUUCGCGCCGACGCUCAAGGCCAAAUCUCCAUCCAUCUCCCUCAUAACUCCUUGCUGGUUAUGCAUGCUGAAAUGCAAGAAGAAUGGAAACAUGCUAUUACGCCUGCCCAGACAGUCUCUCCACACCCUCUGUCUGGCAACCGCCGCAUUAAUAUCACUUACCGCUGGUAUCGAGACUCCCUCCAUCCACGGAAUAACCCCCGUUGUAGGUGUGGCAUGCACGCCAUUCUACGAUGUACUCAACGCAAGCGGGAAAGUAGGGGUAAGUAUAUGUGGAUGUGCUAUGCCGGCUUUGCGCCUGGUAAGAAGAGUUGUGGAUUCUUUCAGUGGGCUGAGUUCGACGAUGACGGGGAACCUGUUUGGAAUAAGAAGCAGUCUGAAGAUAAUGUGUCUAUAUUGAGAAAUUUUGUAGAUGAAUGA